AUGUCUCGGAUCGGUGUAUUUGGCCAAAUCUCCGAGAUCACCGAUCAUUUGUAUCUGUCCGGUGCCGGAUGUUUGAAACCGGAAAAAAUUCGACAAAAACGGAUCGUGUUCAUAGUGAACGCUACAACCGAGGAGCCGAACACAUACAUUCAAGGAGUUGAAUACAUGAAAGUCCGGAUAGACGAUCAUCCAUACGCACGUAUCCAGGACUAUUUUGAUCAAGUGGCGGACAAGAUUAAAUCUGUUAAGGAUCAUGGUGGUAAGACCCUCGUACACUGUAUGGCUGGUGUUUCACGAUCCGCUUCAUUGGUGAUGAUAUACUUGGUGAAGUAUGAACGUAUGACAUUACGACAAGCCUAUCAUUAUGUGAAAUCGGCACGACCAGUGAUUCGGCCAAAUGUUGGAUUCUGGAAGCAGAUGGUGGAUUACGAGAAGCGGCUACGAGGUGUUGCUUCGGUCACAAUGGUAAUGACGAACCAAUGUGAUCUACCGAUCCCAGACAUUUACGUUGAAGAUCUCAAACGAGCGCAGGAACGAGAACAGCAACAACAGCAACAACAGAAGAUCUCCAGCACUUCACUUAUUAGACAACCUAUAUCCGCGUUGUCGGUGACGAAACGACGUGGAUAUUCUGCUAGCAACCUCCGGCCAAUCACCACCACACUUCGACGUUCCACAUCACCAGCGGUAUCGUCGAGCAGUAUGCAAUAUUCGUUCCUGUCGCCAACACCAUCCAGAAAACCUCGUGAUAGCCUGUUCAGUCUUUACACGUCCCCAUCACGGCCUUUCUUUUCGGCUUUUUAA